AUGGAUGCUCAUCUGCAUGUUAUCACGCCUUCCCAUCGACAAGCUGCUCUUGGCCCUUCUCUAGCUCCACCGCCCAAGCUGCAGUCGGUGUCUCUGAUAGCGACGCUGGCCUGCAUCGCCUUCCUCAACACCUUCAACUCGGGCACGCUGACCGUGGCCCUGCCCGCUAUCGCUGCCGACCUCGAAAUCCCCCCCAGCCUGCUCCUGUGGCCGGCCUCGGUCUACGCGCUCGCCCUGUCCUGCACGCUGCUGCUCCUCGGCGCCAUCGCUGAUGUGGUUGGCAACCGGCCCGUCUUCCUCAUCGGCUGUGUUCUGAACUGCGGCUGGACGCUCGCAGUCGCGCUGGCCCAGACGAGCAACCAACUCAUCGUCUUCCGCACGCUGCAGGGCGUCUCCAUGGCCUUCUGCAUGCCUACCGCCGUCAGCACCAUCACGAACACGUUCCCCAGCGGCAAGCCUCGCAAUUUCGCCUUUGCCUCCUUCGGCGCCGGCAGCCCCAUCGGCUUCGCAUCGGGGCUCGUCCUGGGCGGGCUCCUCGCGCAGGCCGCCGGUUGGCGGACGGCAUAUUACCUCGCCGCUGGUGCCAACGCCGUCGCCUUUGUCCUCGCAUACUUUACCUUGCCGCGCAUCGCACCGCCUGUCUCCAACAUCCGCCACGCCCUAGUCCACGAGUUUGACUGGGUCGGCGUCGCUUCCGCAAGCAGCAGCCUGGCCUUGCUAUCAUACAUCUUUGCCCAGAUCAGCUUCUCGGGCAGCACGAUGCGCGCUCCGCACAAUAUUGCCCUUGUUGUCAUUGGCGGGCUCUUGCUGCCCUUCUUCGUAUUCUGGGAGGGGCGCCAGGAGCGCCUCGGCCGCCCAGCGAUCCUACCCAACAGCAUCUGGCGCCAGCGCGAGUUCACGGCUGUUUGUGUGACCGUGUUUCUGGUUUGGGCCUGGUUCAAUGCCUUUGGCUACUGGGCCACCCUCUUCUUCCAGGACACGCAGGGGCUUGACUCUCUCAAUGCGGCGCUGCGCUUCCUGCCCAUGGUCAUUGUCGGGCUGCUGACCAACAUUGUUGCCGGCGUGGUGGUCGACAAGAUCCCCGCGGGCAUACUGGUCCUCGUGUCGGGCCUCAUCAGCGCAUCUGGACCUCUUCUGUACGCCCUCCAGGAACCUGGCUGGACGUACUGGGCGGCUGGGUUCCCGGGAAUGUGUUUGGGGGUAAUCAGCACGGACUUGCUCUUCAACAUUGCCAACCUUGUCAUCACGACGCAGUUCCCCAGCCGUCGGCAGGCCCUAGCUGGCGGUGUCUUCAACACUGUCACACAGCUUGGCAACAGCAUCGGCACAGCUGUCACGGCCAUGAUCGCGGCGAGCGUGACAGAGGCCGAGAUGCACGGCGGAAAUGGCGUCGAGGCGGCAAGCGCUACCCUCAAGGGGUACCGCAGCGCAUUCUGGGCGUGCUUCGCUGCUGCAGUGAUCAGCAUCGUGACAAGCAGUGUUGGUCUGAGGAAGGCUGGCAAGGUUGGCGCGAAGAAGGAUGUCUAG